AUGAGAUUCUGGAUUUUUAUUUUUUCGCCAAUAAUAUUUUUGGCUUCAAAACACGGCAGUGCCGCGUUGGAUUCCAUCGUCCUCGAGGACACCACAAUCACUUUUCCGCUUCACGUCGAUUAUUUGGCGCCGUUUUCAUGCGCUAAAUCCGGUGCCACGUGUGAUGACGAGGGAGCCGCCUAUAUUCCGGCGGCGAUGAAAAUCGCCGUGAAUCGCGUGAAUAAAGUGACGGAUUUGGAGGUUUUUCACAAUUUAUCGGUAAAUUUUGUGGAUAUUGCGAGUAAUGGACCGAAAAGUGCUGCGAAUUGUGAGUUUAUUUUAUGAUCUACCGGAAAUUCGGAUCAUUUUGAAUAUGGGUUACUAAUCUUCGAAGACAUAAAGCAAUAAUUCGACUAGACGAAAACAGUCAGAGGAUUUUUUAAGCUGUGAGAUUUCGGAAUCAGUUUUUUUCAAUUCAAACCCAAAAAUCAUAGAUUUCUUGAAACAGUCAAUUUUUCCCCGAAUUUUUUGCAGCCGCUCUCAAAAACACGACAAUCGCCGUAAUGGGUCUCUCAAAAGAUUGCUACGUGGAAAGUACCAUCCUAAACAUCAAUUCAAAAAUCGGAGUGUCCGACAUUUGCGAGAUGGAUCUUUCAAGUGUCACCGGCUUCGAUCAAACCACCGUGCUCUUCAACUCCGCUUCAGAUUCCCUCGCGAAUUCCGUCAUUUUCUUCUUGCAAAAAUACGAUUGGGCAAAGGUGGCGAUAGUCUCACCGUCGAAUACUCUAAGCUCUUUCAAUUCAAGACUUCGAUCGAAUUUGUUGGAAUCGAUGAGUUCGAAUAACAUUGAUAUUUUAUUGGAUAGUCGGGUUGAUCAAACUGCAAGUGCUUCUAGUUUAUACGAUCGGAUUGCUGAAGAAUCAACGAAAGCUAGAAGUAAGUUAGCCUAACUGCCUGCCACCUCAUAACUUUUCCCCCUUUCCUUUCAGUCUUCAUAAUCUGCGACUGGUCUGCCAAUUCCACACUCCUUCGAAACUAUCUCUACACGCUUGGCGAACUCCAAAAAAUCCAAUCCGGCGAAUACUUCAUCAUCGCCUACAUUCCCUAUGACGUCAAUGCAAAAUGGCUGCAAGCGGAUUCAGGCGACCAGAGAUUGCUGCACUUCGGUGCUCAGGAAAUCGGCGACUUCAAUCUCACCGAAAACGAUUUGCACACAAUUUAUCGCAACUUGCUGGUUCUAUCAAAUGGCCCGCCACCGGCACCGGCAAAUUCCACAUGGCAAGAGAUUCAGCAGGAAGUUUUGCAAGUUGCCGAGCAGAAUAAGACGAGUUUUUCGAAAAAUGUUUUCCCGAGAUGGGAUCGAAUCAAGUGGAUGUUUGACGCUUUUCAAUAUUUGGCUGAUGCGACGAAUGAUUCAUUGAGAGUUGGUGGAAAUGUGUAUGAUUCGUCGGUGUUUUAUGAACAUUUGAUUUCCAGAGAGAUCAAGAGUGUUUCAGGUGAGAAUAUACAAUACCACGAAGCUUAUCAAAAUCCCUUUCAGGCGUCACCGAAUACAUCGACGGUUACGGCGACAUCGUCGGCUCAAUGCAAGUCUACUACUUCUUCACAAGCAGUCUCAACAAUGUCUAUUCCCUCUAUCCAUGUGCCAGAUUGGGUCAAACAUCCCUUCUCGAUACCAAAUGGUAUCUUCAACAAUACACCGAACCACUCUCAAUCAAUUUUAUCAAUGGAACUCCACCAAGUGACACACCAAAAUGCGGAUUCUAUAAUGAGAAUUGUCAAGCGGCCAAGAGUAACACGUUCAUAAUUGUGAUCUCUGUUGGUUUGGCGUUAUUCAUCGGUCUCGCAAUUGCUACCUUCUUCCUCUACAAACGAUAUCGUUAUGAGAGAAAGCUACACUCUUUGAGCUUCUUGAUUGAUCGCAAUCGAAUUAUUCUGAAGAAACAUGUGAAUCUAAUGAGCACCCAGAGUUUGCGAAGUAUGGCGAGUAUUCAAGGAUCAAUGAUCGCUUCACAAACCCUUCAAAAUUCCCACUUCCUUCUGGAAGACUACAAUCAAUCGGAUAGUUUUGCCGGCGGAAGUACGGGUCGAGCCGAGAGUGUGACUGGCGCGUUUGGUGUGCCUGGUUUUGGCGGAACUGGAGUUGGUGUCGGAGGACCCGGGGAAAGUGCAGAUGAUAUGAGAUGGCAUGGAUUGUCGGAUUUCGCUGUGGGUUUAUUCGAAGGUCGAACUGUUGGUUUGAAGAGGAUCUAUAGAUCGGAUAUUGAAUUGACAAGAAAUGUUCGACUCGAGAUUGCUAGUGUAGGUUUUGGUUAGGGGAAUUUUUAUAGCCUGGCUGAUUUUUUUCCAGCUACAAGAAAGCGUCAACUCGAACACCAUAGCUUUCCUUGGUAUGGUUAUCCAAUCACCCGAUGUUUUCAUUGUCUACGAACUCGCGCAACGUGGAUCACUCAAAGAUAUUUUGGAUAACGAAGAGCUUCCGCUAGACGACAUUUUCAUGAAGCAAAUGACCAAGGAUAUUGUAGCCGGAUUGGAAUACCUACACAGUUCCCCAGUUGGUUGUCACGGUAGAUUGAAAUCCACCAAUUGUUUGAUCGAUACCCGUUGGAUGGUUAGAUUGUCCUCUUUCGGUUUGCGAGAACUUCGAGGAGAAGAGAAUCCGAUUCGUGAAGAUGUUCAAGAUGGAAAAGAGGAAUUGUGGACGUCGCCGGAGCUUUUGAGAUGGUCUACAGGGCUGGCACAAUGUUCAACGUUGCUUGUUCAAAAAGCCGAUGUCUACUCGCUCGCAAUAGUUUUGUACGAGAUCUUCGGCCGUGCUGGACCAUGGGGUGAAGAACCGAUGGAGCCUCGAGAAAUCGUGAAUCGCGUCAAACACGCCAACGAUUCCAACAAAAAAGCGUUUCGUCCCGAUAUGGCGAUCAUCAAGGAUGCUCCGAGAAUUGUGCAAGAAACUGUGGCCGUCGCGUGGGCUGAAGAUCCAAUGAAUCGCCCAUCUCUAUUCCAAAUCAAGCGGAAAUUGCGACCUCUGACAGCCGGACUCAAGCGAACAAUUAUGGAUAAUAUGGUGAGUAUGAUCGAGAAAUAUACGGAGAAAUUGGAGAAGGAUAUUGCCGAGAGGAAUGAGGAAUUGGAACGAGAAAAGGAGAAGUCGGAGAUGUUGUUGAAGAUGAUGUUACCGGAGUGAGUUAGGGGGGAAGGAAGGAGAUAGACAUAUCCAAAAUCGAGCGCUCUGCGCUAGUGUAAACCUUCCGCGUUAGCCAUAUCAUAGUAACCUACGUGGCCGCUCAUCAGCCCAUAGCUCUAGGUAUAAAUCAGAUUCAGACCAAAGGCAAGGCUUGUGAUACAAAGCUGUAACCAAAUUUUGAGCAAAUGGUAAGGUCUGAGCUAAGGUGUCUUUUUCUAUAAUUUAAUACAGCUCAUACUUCAGACAGAGGUAAGGUAUCAAGCUCAUUAAAGACACACCUCGGCUAAUCCGUUGUGUACAAUUUAGAAAAAACUCCAAACUUGAGUAUUUGAGAAGUCCAAAACGGGGAAUUUAUAGUUUUUACACUAAACAAAGGUCGUAAUAAGGCCCAGCUAGAUUCUUGGGUCCAACCAAAAACAAGUUUAGCCAGCUGAACAAAGACGAUAACCUAAACUUUGGGCCUACCCUCGCCACAUCAUACCCCAAGAACCCCCGAUUUCCAGCGUCGUAGCCGACAGUCUGAAACGUGGCUCAAACGUGACCGCCGAAUCAUUCGACUCAGUCACCGUCUUCUUUUCCGAUUGCCCAGGUUUCGUCGAAAUGUCGGCAUCAAGUCAACCCAUCGAAAUCGUCCAAUUUCUCAACGAUCUCUACACGUGUUUCGACAACGUCAUCAAUCAAUUCGAUGUUUAUAAAGUGGAAACGAUUGCCGAUGCGUAUAUGGUUGUCUCGGGUCUACCAAUUCCCAAUGGUCAACAUCAUUGUGGCGAGAUUGCAUCGAUGGGUUUGGCUAUGUUACGCGCUGUGGAUGUGGGUUUCUAGUGAUUAUUUUGUAGAUCUUAUAUAUUUUAUUGAUUCAGACCUUCCAAAUCCGUCAUCGUCCAAACGAAAAAGUGCGCCUUCGGAUCGGAAUGAAUUCGGGGCCAUGUGUGGCUGGAGUUGUGGGCUUGAAAAUGCCCAGAUAUUGUUUGUUCGGAGACACAGUCAAUACGGCGAGUCGAAUGGAGAGUAAUGGAAUACGUGAGUGGAAUUAGAGUUCGGAUAAGUGUUCAAAAUGAUUUCGGUUAAUCUUAAAAAUUCUUAGUGAUCAGAUGAAACGUAAAAAAUUCUGGAAGUAAAAAGGUUCUGAGAUUAACUUUCUCACAAUUUCCAGCUCUCCGCAUCAAUUGCUCCGAAUCCGCGCGUCAAAUCCUCGUCCAACUCGGCGGCUACGAACUCGAGGAGCGCGGACUCGUCGAGAUGAAAGGAAAAGGCAAACAAAUGACCUAUUUCGUGAGGGGCGAGGACACAAAAAUGCGUCGUGAUCGCAUCCUAAAAGAUCGUGUAAAAUACGCGACACUGAAAAAUGCCAAAGUCGAGGAGAAGAAAAUCGAAUUUGUCUGA